AUGGCAUCGUUAGCUGAACAACUGAAAAAAGCUGAAAAGGCCUUAGAAGACGCUAAAGAACGAGGAUCGUCAAGCGUGGAAGCGUACGAAGAGAAAGUGGAAAAGUUGAAGAAGGAAUUGGAGAAACCCCAACCACAUCCUGAAUUACAAUUCGGUCCAAUCGCUCAGAGUAUCGCAUUGAUGGUCGCACUGAGUCUAGCAAUGUCAGCUGUACCAUUACCGUACGAGAUGAUCCCGUUCUAUCGUCUAUUUAGUACCAUCACCACUAUAGCUGUUAUCUGUUACCUCGCCCGAACAUCCAUCAUAUAUUAUGGGUAUCAACAAGCUUUAGACAAAUUACCGAAACCUGAUGAUCCAGAUAAAGAGAGGUUCAAGAAGUUGACGGCUAGUAAGAAACCCAGACAGGAUUUAUGGGCUCAUACCCGAUCUCAUCCUUCUGCGUUCCUGACUACCAAAGCGGCAGCACCUAGGUUGUUCCCCUUUCCACUAGGUAAGACUAGACCUGACGCUGCGAUCAAGGAUGAAUUGUGGUGGGAAGGAGGUAAUGCUCCUCAUGUUGGCCACUUCAACCGACCUAAAUUACCUCAACCUCCUGCACCUGAUGAAGGUGUAUUGAUGAAGAGGGUACAAGCAAGUAUGAAGCGAGAAGACCAAGAGAAGAUGUGGAAGAAGAGGAUUCGCUCAGUGCAGAUUCUAUGUCUCAUCGUUAUCAUGUCAUUUGUCAACCAAAAAAUCGCCAUUGCAUGCUUAUGUUACUUAAUUUACCAUACCCUUUCAACCGAGAUCCAGGCCAUGUUAGCUCCUCCACCCGAUAUGGAACAAGUAUGGCGAUACAUCGAUCGAAUGACUCAGAACAAGAACGAAUCUGCACCCAAACCUACUCAAAUGACUGGUGGCAUGUCAUACCUUUACGAAAGAGAUAGUGCCAACGCAAGUAGCGUCAAGGAAUUGGCAAAUGUACCGAUCGAGAUGGUCCCUCCGCAUGUGUUGAUGACUACUCAGAAUCAUUGGUUUGUUGGACCUGGUAAUGAGAUGAAGGGUGAGAAGUAA